AUGAAUCAAGACCUUAAUCUAGAGAAAAAAGACCCAAAACUUGGUACAGCGUGUUUUACUAUGAGGAAAGCGAAUCCUAUUCCUCCAAUACAGAAAAAGCGACCGGAGUUACCCCCUGUUGACGAAAGAGAACUUCCCUUCGGAAAAAUCAUCAAGAUGUACAAAAACGGUGACAAAUUUUUCACACCAAAAGGAAUACUUCUGAAUGAAAAUCAUGUGAAAACUUGGGAAAUAUUUCUAGACACGGUGCAGAACAAACUGAAGUUCGAUCGACCAGUAAGAUGUAUCUACACCCCAGAAGGGGGAACAGAGGUAUACGACUUUGAACAGAUACAGGAUGACCACGCGUACGUCGCUGCUUCCGGCAAAUUUGUACCUUUGAGGUAA